CAGCCUGUUCCUUUUAAGCACUUUUCCUCCUAGUAUUAAAGACUGAGUUUGAUUUUUGUUGUCCCCCUUCUAUGAUUGAACAAUAAUGAUAUGGGUUUCUAAUCAUCAUUUGGUCAAGGUACCUGUGUAAAACGUUUUAACUUGGACAACUUUCACCUCAUUAAUGAAAAUAUAUUAAUGCAGAAUUGAAAACAGCUCUGUCCCCUUCCUGAAAUUUCAAUGGUGCCUAAAAAACGAGGUUCUCAUUCUUUAAUUCACACCCUCACAUACACACAGACCCUGCCAAGGUGCUGAAUGAACCACAUUGAAACAGAAUUUCUCUAACACUGGAAGGAGUUUAUGAUCAUUUUCUCCCUGGGCCAGAGCUUGAGCAGUGAAUGAGGUCACAGUUGCAUGAUGGAACAAAAACCCUUUAUUGGAUUCUUGAUCUGAAGCCCCAAAGUGCUUAGUAGCACAGUUUAAAAGUAGGUAAACAAGAGGAUUUUGUACAAUUGUAUGCUGAGUCCUUUUAGGAAAAAAAAUCUAUCAUCCUUAAAAGAAAUUGAAGGUAUACUUUUACAGUAAUGAUUAUUUUGAGCCUCAAGACUAUUUCACAGCACCUUUCACGUGCCUAGAUUGUUGAGCAUCUCUGCAGCUCCCAGCUCUGUGGUAGGUUUCUCCAUUCUGAACACUGUGUAAUUGGGUUGUUUGGAAUGAUUGCUUUCCAAGCUCUGGGGUGAAGACCUGGGGGAAAAAAGAAUUCUAACCAAGCAUUCUGAAACUCUCUUUCUUCAUGGCUUAAUAGUAUUUAUUCAUCAUUGUUUCUAAUGGAGUUUAGAGUUUAAAAAGGUAACCUUAGUGAUAAAACCAACAAAUUUCAGGAAGCUCUAUCACCUAUCCCUGCUUCUCCAACUACACAGGAGGAGAAAGGGAAGGGGGCUAUAGAUGUGGUAGAGUGUAUCUAAGAGUCUAGGGUGACAGACAGCCUCAAAUCUAUACUUACUCCUACUUUUGACAAAGACCAGUGGGCUCAUAAAAACUGACAGGGAAGAAAGAUCUAUCCUAGAAGGACACCCUGGGGAAAUCUACUUACUACCAGGCUACUUCCUACCAGCUAAGUUAGAAACAAGUAAAUAGGUAUUUUUUAAAUGAUACAACAUUUUAUACUUUGCAACAUGAAAUGUUGUGGUUUCUUAAGUAAAUUUUAUCUUUAAAUACUUUUUCCACAUAUUUCCAGGAUUAUUUAUCUAUUUUGUUUUUUAUACAAAGAUCUCAAUUCCAAAAGCCAGGUUAUGGGUACAAUGUAUCUUAACCAGUGUCACCCCUUCCAUUGUUUUCCUCUUCUUUCCCCCUCUCAUUCCCUCUUCCCUCAAGUUACAUAGUCCAGUUUUUACAGAUUAUACAUUGGAUAUAAUGACUGCAUUUGCUCACCCUUCCUCCCUUCAUUCAUGUGUCCCCACAAGACAUUUCCACAUCCUGGUAUUCAUUUUGUUAAACCAUUCAUUAGUUGUUCAGAGGUUAUACCACUGGAUUCCUCCCCUAAUAAUAAUACUAUUUUUUAUUAAUGUACACAACUUGAUGAUUUGGUAUAUUACACAUUGAGAAAUGAUCACUACAUUCAAGCUAAUUCACCUCCCACAGAGUCACCAGACUGUACAUUCAGUCUUCAGAAAUUAUGUGCAUAACUGAAACUUGUGUCCAUUGAUGAAUAUCUCCUCACAUCCCUGCUAUGCACCAUUCUACUUUCCUGUGAAUUUUGCUGCUUUAGGCUUUACACAUGAGAAAGAACACAACAGCAUUUCUUGUUGCAUAUCUGGUUUGCCUUAUUUAGCAUUUUUAAUAUAGAAUCAGAGUGACACUAUUGGAAAGGGAAAGCUGUGGCAAAAAAAAAAAAUUACUUACAGCUCAACUAGAGAUGGUAACGAAACCUUUCCAUAUGACCUUCCAAUUUUGCACAUGAUUUUAACUUGGAUUUUUGUACUACGUCAUUCUGGGAGAUCCUUACCUUUCAUACUCCAGACCUUGAGAGCUGAGAAAGUUGCAAAAGAAUAUGAAGAAAUUAAUCUGUAAGAAGCUGAAUGUGUGACUCAAAUGGUACAGUACAGUACUACAAAAAAAAAGGAGAGAUUGAGAUAAUAUGUAAACUAAACUUACUGUUGCAUAUUUGGAAUCCCAGUACUUGAGAGACUGAGGCAAGAGGAUUGUGAGUGUGAGGCCAGCUUAGUGAAAUUCUGCAGAAAGAAUGGAGGGGAGGAAUAGGAAGAAAGGAAAGUAUUAAGGUACUUAGGAAUGAAGAGAGGGAAGGAAAGGAGGAAAGAAAUGGAGAGCGGGAGGGAGGACUAAUCUGGCCAGGCUCUGAUUGCUUUUGCUUGUAAUCCCAGCUACGCAGAAGACUGAGGUAUGGAGGAUCAUAGUUUGAAGCCAGCAUGGGCAAAAAAGUCCAUGAUACCUGUCUCCAAAUAAUCCACAAAAAGCCAGAUUGGAAGCAUGGGUCAAGUGGUAGAGUAUCAACUGUGAGCAAGCAAGCAAGCAUAAGGCCUUGAGUUCAUGUCCCAUAUUGGUAUAACAGCAGCAGUAAUAAUUUAUGAUAUGAUCCUUAAUUCCUUAAUUGUAUCUUCUGAAUUACAGGGAGAGUCUCUGGCCACAUGGCAGCUUCAGAAGUUAAAUCAAAACUUAAGCUGAAACCCCUAAAAGUACCUGUCUUCCAAAGGUAGAGGGAAAAAGACUUACCAGGAUUUCAAGGCCAACCACAGCACAAAGAAAAAAAGUUGAACCCUUCACAAAUGGAAGCCUUCCAUGAUGCCUACAACUUCUUCAACAAGGACAAAACUGGCUGCAUUGAUUUACAUGGACUGAUGUGUACUUUAGCUAAAUUGGGAAUGAAUAUAAACAAGUAUGACAUCUAUGCUGAAUUAAAACUUGCUGAUCUUGAUCGAGAUGGGAAAGUAAACUUCUCAGACUUCAUGAAGGUGCUAACAGAUAAGGAGCGCUUCCUCAGGGCUGUAGUUCCAAGUAAGAAGACAUGUUUAGAGCUGACUGCCACCCCAGGGGUCAUAUUAUUUGAAAUAUUGUCAAAGCUUGUAGAGACUUCAGCCCUACCCAGGAAAGCUAUAAUGGAAAUAGUGAGCUAUUUCCGAAAGAAAUUCCAGGAGGCCAGUACAGAAUUGUGGAGUCCCUAUGGAAAAGGGAGAUUUAAGCCAGAAAUAUGCACAGUUCCAAACUCAAGCACCGCUGCCUUUGCUAAUGCAGCCCGGGUUGCAAUUAUGAAAGAAAAGGAUUUAUUUAAAUUUCUUGAAGAGCUCAAAAGAUGCAGUCUUCCUACAGAUAGCCCAUACUCAAAAAUACCCAUCUUCCCUUUGUUUCCUGAUGUGGAUGGGGUGAUGAUGGGAAAGCCACCAAAGGAACUGCAGAAAUUAGAAAUGCUAAGGAAAAGGGAGCCUCUGUGUUUCUUUGAGGACUACUUUUUCCAUAAAAAAGACUGGAAAGCACAGGCAGCACAUGUAAAACCAGUGAGCUCAGGCUAUCCAGAUGAAAUCAUUGCCAUCGACCAAUUAUUCAAGAAAAAGCAUAGUUGGACAGUGUCUGAUGCCGUUGCUCUUAAGCCACAUGUGAAGAAAGCUACAGACACCUAUAAUUUAGGAAUUGCUCUUGAACACCGGAAAGAAAUGCUAAAUCUCUGGCGGAAGAUCCGAGGGGAUCUGGUUGGAAUAGAAACUGGAAAUGAGACCUUUUAUGACACUUUUUCUACUUACACUUGGUCCUGGAAUGUUUGCCAAGAGCUGCUUUCUGCUAAGGACUUACGGUUACACGAUGCCUAUAUGAACAAAAAUUCCUCCUCCCACAGCUCCACAUUCUCUUCCUCAUCAGAUAUCAGUGAAGGGGACAUAGAAACUGGAAGAAAAAGAAAACGGAAAGGUUUCAAAGGGUUUCGACAAUGAAAAUUCUACAUUUUUCUAAACAACUCAUCAAAAACUACUUUUUCAUAGUUAUCAAAAUUAUGAUUUCUUGCUUUUGUCUAGUACAUUCUUAGCAGGUGGAAAAUUUGACAUCUCUUACAUUCUGACCAGUAAAAAAACAUUUACUUCAUAAAAUGAUGCUGCUGUCUUAAAAUGUUUACUAGCAAGUAGAUAUAGAUAGCAUCCUUGCUAAAAAUGCCAGUUGCUCCCUGCUGCCCCCACCUGGAUUAAAACUGACUUGGCAAAAAGGAAAAACCUGGCCUCCAAAGGACCCUCCAUGCAAUAAGCUUCUGACCAUAAAUGGAAUUAGGCUUUCCCAGUGCUUAUGAAAGAGGCCAGAGGCUGAGGAUGACAAUAACUUUUCGGUUUUAGGGGUUAUCACAGCCCCCCAGAAACUUGAAACUGUAUGUUGUGCCCUGUUCUAGGGUCUAGCUAUAUAACAGUGAGCAAACAGAUAAAAUGCCUUAAC